AUGGAGAAGAUCGAGGAUUAUAGCACCGCUACCUUCCGCGACCUUUAUCUGGCCGCGCCGGAGUUUCUCCAGACUGAAGACGCUGUGAGACAAGGAACCCGCGGAUACCUCGACGGCCGGAAUCAGGACUUCCGCCGUUGGCUUGAAGCAGCAUACCUUUCGCCCCGUCAGCGAGAAGCGCUCGCCAAUCCCAACCAGUACAGGGGCAUCAAGGUGGGCAUCCCGUUUUUUGCGGACGUGGAGAGUGAUAAUUCCUGGUGGAACAUGCCACGGAACCGCCUACCCGGGCGAUAUCUCAACGCCCUCGUCGUCGCUGUGACCGGAGCCUUCCGUGACAUUGGAUACUGCUCCAGUUGCAGGAUGGAUUCACCUGAAGAGCUAUUCUUCGGCAAAUGUAUUGCGGCUUUGGGUGAUGAUUUUGUCGGGUGCGCGAACUGCAUCUUGAAUAAUACGGCGGACGAAUGCGACGUCUACAAGCCAUUUAUGGUUUGCCUCAUGCCCGCGUGCGAUGAAAGCGGCCCGGGCCACGAGCACGUCCUCCGGGACUGGCUCGAUCGUCGCUACAGAAACUCCGAGGAUGGGGCGGUGUCGGCACUCUUCCGGUGCGAAUGGGCCUACGCGAUUUUCACGACGCCGGAAUUCUACAAAGAGGUGCUCGCCAAGAUCAUGGUGGGCCGGGAAGUCGACUCACAUGUCGCCGAUGCCCUCUUGGCCGCCUCCCGAGAGAUUACCGUGCGCAAGGCUUGUCAGACCUGUGCCAACUCCGAGCGCAAGCCGAUCACCUGGUGCACCCGCACACCCGUCCCCAGCUUUCAUGGGGGUGCAUGCCCUACUUGCAUCUUGAAUGGUUGCGAGUGUAUACGACCUGAUGGAUGGGCUGACGAGGAAGACGGCGACAAUGACGACGAUGAUAAUGGUAACGAUAACCAGGAGGAAGAAGAUAAUGAAUCGGAUGGCGAUGUGUACCAAGAGGAUGAUGGAGAGGAACCUUAUACCGACGACGACGAGUGGGAGGGUUUUGUGUCGGAUAACUAG